UCCUAGCUCCCUCCCCUCGCUCCAGCUCUUCAGCUAAUCACCCCGCGGCGCGCGCCCUAAAGUUCCGGGCAAAGUACUGAGAACUGGUACCGGGAUCGCACGCCGGUCAGUGGCAGAGGACCAGGGACCCCCGCGCAGGAGAGCCGGUGAGCAGCGCGGGCUUCCGCCCACCAUCUGUCGGCGAGUGGCGCUCGGCGCCCCAAUCUCCUGCGGCUGGUGCUGGAACUGCCGUCGGCUGAGCCUUGCAAGGACCGGAGAAGCCCGGUUUGCCUCCUUCCCGGUCUGAAACCUCCACCGGGGAACAAGCAGCGUCCCCAGCUGCGGAAAGCUCAGGGAUUUCCUCCGAGACAUCCAAAAUGGUCUUUAGACACACCGGCUAGGAGCUGACACCUGCCUGCGUGGCCUUUGUCCUCUCGGCCUCACCGUCUUCUAUGGCAUUUUGGCUGCGCUGAGCCCAAGUGACCAGCUCUUCAUAAUGAGUGAUGAGAAGAACCUGGGUGUGUCCCAAAAAUUGGUUUCUCCUUCAAGAAGCACAAGCAGCUGUUCCUCCAAGCAAGGAAGCCGACAGGACAGCUGGGAAGUGGUGGAAGGCUUGAGGGGGGAGAUGACGUACACCCAGGAGCCACCCGUGCAAAAAGGAUUUCUGCUGAAAAAGAGGAAGUGGCCCUUGAAAGGCUGGCACAAGAGAUUCUUCUACCUGGACAAAGGAAUCUUGAAAUAUGCCAAGAGCCAAACUGAUAUUGAGCGAGAGAAGCUGCACGGCUGUAUUGAUGUGGGGCUUUCAGUGAUGUCUGUGAAGAAGUCGUCCAAGUGUAUUGACCUGGACACCGAGGAGCACAUCUAUCACCUGAAGGUGAAGUCCGACGAAGUUUUUGACGAGUGGGUAUCCAAGCUCCGCCACCACAGAAUGUACCGGCAGAAUGAGAUUGCCAUGUUUCCCCGUGAUGUCAGUCACUUUUUCCCAGGGCCCACGGUCACAGAUUCUGCCCCAGGAGUAUUUGACUCCAUUUCCAGUAGGAAGCGUAGCAGUCUGUCGAAGCAGAACUCAUUUCAAACUGGAAGCAAUUUGUCAUUUUCUUGUGGUGGUGACACACGAGUUCCAUUCUGGCUGCAGUCUUCAGAGGACAUGGAAAAAUGCUCCAAAGACCUGGCACACUGCCACGUGUAUCUGCUGGAAAUGAGCCAGCUCUUACAGAGCAUGGACGUCCUGCAUCGGACAUACUCGGCGCCAGCCAUCAACGCCAUCCAGGGUGGAGCUUUUGAAAGUCCCAAAAAGGAAAAGCGAUCACACAGGCGGUGGCGGUCCAGAGCUAUUGGCAAAGAUGCUAAAGGAACGCUGCAGGUCCCUAAACCCUUCUCUGGCCCAGUGAGACUACACUCUUCCAAUCCUAAUUUGUCAACAUUGGACCUGGGCGAAGAGAAAUCUUACUCGGAUGGUUCUGAAGCCUCAUCCGAGUUCUCCAAGAUGCAGGAGGACCUGUGCCAUGUCGCCCACAAAGUUUACUUCGCUUUAAGGUCAGCUUUUAAUAGCAUAUCAGCGGAAAGAGAGAAGCUGAAGCAGUUGGAGCUGGACGCCUCCUCCUCGCCCUCCGCUCAGGUCGUCGGGCUGAAGCACGCACUGUCAUCCGCCCUAGCACAAAACACAGACCUUAAAGAACGCUUACGCAGAAUCCAUGCGGAAAGUAUGCUCCUCGACCCUCCUGCUGUUCCCAAGUCGGGGGACGACCUGGCAGAGGAAAACUCCGGCGACGAAAGCCGAGCUCUGGUGCACCAGCUCUCCAAUGAAAGCAGGCUGUCCAUCACCGACUCCCUUUCUGAGUUCUUUGAUGCCCAGGAAGUUCUGCUUUCUCCUAGCUCUUCAGAAAACGAGAUUUCUGAUGACGAUUCCUAUGUCAGUGACAUAAGUGACAAUCUGUCCCUGGACAACCUUAGUAACGAUUUAGACAAUGAAAGACAGACCUUGGGUCCUGUUCUCGAAAGUGGUGGGGAAGCCAGGUCCAAAAGGCGAACCUGCCUGCCGGCGCAGGGUCCCAACACCAGUAGUGUCAGCCUGUGGAGCAUCCUGCGCAACAAUAUCGGGAAGGAUCUGUCCAAGGUGGCCAUGCCAGUAGAGCUGAACGAGCCGCUGAAUACCCUGCAGCGGCUCUGCGAGGAGCUGGAGUACAGCGAGCUGCUGGACAAGGCUGCGCGCAUGCCCAGUGCCCUGGAGAGGAUGGUAUACGUGGCAGCCUUCGCCAUCUCUGCCUAUGCAUCCAGCUACUUCCGAGCAGGCAGCAAGCCAUUUAACCCGGUCCUUGGAGAAACAUACGAAUGCAUCCGACGGGAUAAGGGCUUCCAGUUUUUUGCCGAGCAGGUCAGCCACCACCCACCUAUCUCCGCCUGCCACGCUGAGUCGGGAAACUUUGUUUUCUGGCAAGAUGUGAGAUGGAAAAACAAAUUCUGGGGUAAAUCCAUGGAAAUUGUCCCAAUUGGCACAACGCACGUGACGCUGCCAGCUUUUGGGGAUCACUUUGAGUGGAACAAAGUGACCUCCUGCAUCCACAACAUCUUGAGCGGACAGCGAUGGAUCGAGCACUACGGUGAAAUUGUCAUCAAGAACCUGACCGAUGACUCCUGCCACUGCAAAGUGAACUUCAUAAAGGCAAAAUACUGGAGCACUAACGCCCAUGAGAUCGAAGGCACGGUGUUCGACCGCAAUGGGAAGGCUGUGCACCGGCUGUUUGGGAAAUGGCAUGAGAGCAUCUACUGUGGCGGGGCCUCCUCCUCCACGUGCGUCUGGAGAGCAAAUCCCAUGCCAAAAGGCUAUGAGCAGUAUUAUGGCUUCACGCAGUUUGCACUGGAGCUAAAUGAGAUGGAUCCAUUGUCACGGUCUUUAUUACCACCCACCGACACUCGGUUUAGACCAGACCAAAGGCUUCUAGAAGAAGGGAACAUAGAGGAAGCUGAGGUCCAGAAGCAGAGGAUUGAGCAGCUGCAGAGGGAGAGACGGCGGGUCCUAGAGGAAAACAACUUGGAGCAUCAGCCCCGGUUUUUCAGGAAAUCCAGCGACGACACUUGGGUGAGCAACGGGACCUACCUGGAACUGAGGAGAGACCUUGGCUUUUCCAAACUGGACCAUCCCGUCUUGUGGUGAAAAAGUAAAGAAGAAAGCUGUGUUAAUGUACUUCCCCACAUUUGCUUCCAGAAGCAGCACACACCUGUGUCUGUACGUUUAAAAGAUAGUGUCUAGAACGAUCCCUUGUGCUUAGCUUAGCAAUGUGAGCACUGAAGUAUGUGUUUUCCUCAGUAAGUUUCUCUACAAUUUCAAGUAUUAUCAUGAUUGUUUAUAUGAAUGUAGAACACCUCGGUAUUUCCUUUUAUAUGUAAACUAUUUAAUAAAAAUGAAAGAUUGAAUGUUAAUGUGUGGGUUUAAGCAAAAGAAGCUUUAACACUAAUUUCCCAAAGGUGGGGGGGGCAGAUCAAAUUUAUGCCUUAUAAAAAUCACACCAGAGAAAACAACCCUCUCCCAGGUGCGUUAAGAAUUAAGAAUACCCAGGGUUGCUCACCCGUGCCCUAGCUCUCCAGGUUUAAUUGGGAGCUGGGAUAUCUUUUUAACCCCAGACAGCUCUUGAAUUGCUCAUACAGAACAAUUCUGCCGGUGCUGAAGUACCAAGAAUAUUUUCAUUUGCAUUUUAGUGGUUAAGGCAUCUGUGUAAGGUUAGCAGGAUGCAUAUUUUUUAUGUAAGUCGGGCAUGGCCCAUCUGGAAGAAGAGGCCUUCUCUCCCUGUAGUUCUGUUGCCUUAUAUGCAAAACUGCCCCCCCCCCUUAGAGAAGUUGUACUAAUCAGAGAGAUCUCUAAUAAUUCAGUGUCCUGAUGGCAUCCUGGGGAGGCAGAAGGCUUCUCGUUUUUUUCUCAGUGAGAGCCAAAUCCUUAACGAUUUAAGAAAUCCACUUUUAGCUUCCUGCCCCACCCCGGGCUCGCAUACCCAUCUUUUGACCCUGAUUGAGGAUGGAAUGUCUCCCCUUUAGUACAAGACCUACGGUAAACAGCCUGUGACCUUCUCGAGCUUUAGUGAAGUCACUGGUGGUCUGAAAUAACCUGGCACGUCCUUCUUCCGUGUGGCGUUGGUAUUUUCUACCUCUCGCUAAGCUCUGUACUUCUCAACCGUGUGUCGACAGUUUGACCAUCUGCCUUAUAGACAAACACCCAGCAUUGCUGUUCUGUGUCGUCCCGAGGAAGCCGCAAAGGCUUUACCUCUUCCUUCUAUUCUCUUCUUGUGUAAACACUCUGAGGUCCCAGGUAGGAGCUACCAAACAGAAACCAUUGUUCUUGUGUCUUAUGUCACAUUAUGAUAGCAGAUUGUAUGCAGUAGCUGAACUGUGUUAGCAAAACCAUUUCCACUUCUGCCCAGAGCGCAUUAAUACCAAAGCCUGAUCGUUCAGCCUUUGACUUGAAUGUCUGUAAUGAUUCUAUGAAACAUUGUGUGGAACGGCAUGGGAAAGAACCUUCGAUAGAAAGCAUUUGAGGGGGCCUGUGAGAUUGACUCAAGUCUGUACAAGUCUGGCAGCCUUAGUGUGAUCCCCAGGACCCACAGAAGAGGUGGAAGGAGAGACCCGACCCCACAGAGCUGACGUGUGUCACAGCAGAUUACCUACUGAACAGCACCGAGUUUUCACGAUGGAGUGUUGAAGGGGAAUUGGUAGUCUUUGGCGUCUACAAGUGACUGUCAUUUUAAACAACUCAUUAAAUAUUGGUUCACUUAUUCCAUUUUAUGGAGACAUCCAGACAAACACAGUGGGAAUCUCAUUUCCAUUUCUAAGCAGCUGGAUGGCGCAGCUCAAUUCUUUAGCUCCCCGCUUCUUCUUCCUUUCCUUUUAAAGCAUUAUCCGCAUUCUGCUCACAGACUUGAGGAAGCAGGCUGUAGGUUUAAUGGCUCUCAGUGGGGAAACAAAUCUGCUGUACACAAUGUGAGGAUAAAUGCGGACUUUUAGUAAUAUUGACUGUUAAAUAGGCCUGCUCCGGAGGCUGACUCAAAGGAAACAGAAAAACAACAGAAACAGAACCCCUAAAAAUAUACCACUGGAAUGGGUGCCACCUUGUGGUACCAGUUGUUUGCUAAUUCUUAGAUUUUCCUCGUGGUGUGAUUUCUGUUGAUUUCAAGCUUUAUUUUAGGAUCCCACCAACAGCUGACCCAAAUGUCACCUUGGUAGUCACCUUAUUUGAACCAAGGACUGGAAUGAACAAAACAUGUUCCGGAACCAUGUGUAAAUUCUCCCCAUCACUGCCAGUGUCUGGAUGAGGGUUUUCUGAAAUGCACUUGAUCUGGAGAUGCAACCUUGGUAUUUGAAUUUUAAAACUCCCUGCAGAAGGGAGGAGGCUCUGUGUUCCUUCUGUCCUGUCUAACACCCCUUUCCAACAAGUUUGUCUGCAUAGGACUUGCUUAUUUUAUAAGGAAAGCAGAACUAUGGUAUUGCUUGAGAAGAAUUCAGGUAAAGGUUAAGUUUCUGGACUCUGACUUUCUGAAAUACAGAAUACCAGUCCCUGCUCCAUUUUAUGUGACGCUUUCAGCCUCUCUCAUUCUAGCUAUGCUAUUUCAAGUUAAUGAUAAGUCACAGAUGUUCUCCUGUCUAUAGAGCCUGUAGUGUUCCUCUUUUCAAGAGCAUUUUUAGUAUAACAAUGGAGAAGGGCAGUUUCCUCUCCUCAAAGGUGGUAAUAAAAGCCUCCAUGCAGCUUCUUCCUGCAGUUCCCGCUCUGAUGCUAGGAUGCUUUUGGUACUAACUAAGCAUGUGGUUCCCCUCCCAGACACGAGGGGGAGUCUGGUACUAACUAACUAGAUGCAGUUCACUUCCAAGACACUAGGAUGAGUCUGGUACUAACUAAACAGAUGCAGUUCCCCCUCCCACAUGUGAGAGGGGAGUCUGGGACUAACAAAAUAGAUGCAGUUCAUUUCCAAGACACUAGUGGGAGUCUGGUACUAGCUAAACAAGUACAGUGCACCUCUGAACCACUAGGGGGAGUCUGGUACUAACUAAACAGAUGCAGUGCACCUCUGAGACACUAGGGGGAGACUGGUACUAAACAGAUAUAGUGUACCUCAGACUCAAAAGGGUUCUGUAUUAAAUAGGUGGAGUUUUACCUUAGGAUAUCAACUCAGUAGCAAGAAUGCCUUAGCAGUUCCCCAGUCUUCCAGUGCAUCUGGGGGGCUCCCGAAGGGAAAACUACAAACCUGAGAUUUUUAAUGUUUACUUCAUUUAGGCUGAUGUUUUCCUCAUACCCUAUUUUUAACUACUUCCAAUCAAUCAUUUGCUCAGCCUUUUAGCACUGCCCUUCAUCUGCACUUGCCAGAUUUACAAUGAGAUGUUUUACUCUACCAUUAAAAAUGGCAAGCCAAAAAUAGAGGCAAAGGUUACUGUGCUUUUUAAUGUAGGCUUACUGUGCACUCCAAGCUUUCUGACUGUCCUCAGAUCCUCUCAGCUACCUAAGAGCGAUAAGUUGCUUUUGUGAUUUUAGGAAUAACAGCUACAGUGUGUGGGCAGAAUUUAUCUGAAUGUCUUUAGUUUUGAUAUCAACAUCAGCAUAAAUCUAUUUUUGCUAGCAGAUUAAAGCUAUUUUCGCGUGCUCACUUUUCUGUGUUGUAUCGACCUGUGACUUGGAAUUUAUCUUUCUAUUGAAAGCCUACAUAUCGAACAAUAUCUGCAAAUCAUGAUGGUCUACUAAAGUGCAAGCCGGUUUUAAGGACUGGUUUUAGGGGAUGUGGCCGUCAGAAAUGACUACUCAUUUAUUUCAUUCAUGAUUACUAUUAUUUUUUUAAUCUUCCUCUGUUACCCCCAGAGGAUAUGCUUUUGGGGGAAAAAUUGAUACUUGUAAAUCUUCUAUGUGACUUUUUGUAAAGUCUAAGUCCUACCUUGCUGCCCAUCCCUGUCUGGCUUCCCAGAAGCCCCUUUCAAUCUGUUGUCUCUCCACCCCUGUGUGGCUCAUUGACUGAGAAUAAAGAAUAUAGUAACGAUCA